GCGGCUCCUCGGCGCGGGGCGGGCGCGGAGCGGCUCCCAGCGCCAGCCCUGCGCGCUCCGCCGCCCUCUCUGCGCCGCCGGACAACGCCAUGAAGCCGGCGGUGCUGGAAGUAAUGAGGAUGAACCGGGUGUGCAGGAUGGUCCUGGUCACUUCCGUGGGCUCCUUCAUCCUCGUCAUCUUCUAUUUCCAAAUAAUGCGUAGAAAUCCAUUUGGGAUGGACAUUUGCUGUCGGAAAGGAUCCAGAAGCCCACUCCAGGAACUGUAUAAUCCCACCCAGUUGUCCAACACAGCAAUUCUUCAUCAGAUCAGGCGAGACCAAGUGACAGACACAUGCCGAGCAAACAGCGUGUCCAGCAGGAAGCGCCGUGUGCUGACACCCAACGAUCUCAAGCAUCUGGUCGUGGAUGAAGAUCAUGAAAUGAUCUAUUGCUAUGUUCCCAAAGUGGCCUGCACAAACUGGAAGAGAGUCAUGAUGGUUUUGACGGGAAGAGGCAAGUACAGCGAUCCGAUGGAAAUCCCGGCCAACGAAGCCCACGUGUCUUCAAACCUGAAGACCCUCAACCAGUACAGCAUCCCAGAGAUCAACCACCGCUUGAAAAACUACAUGAAGUUCCUCUUUGUUCGCGAGCCUUUUGAAAGACUGGUGUCAGCCUACAGGAACAAGUUCACCCAGAAGUACAACACUUCCUUCCACAAGCGAUACGGCACCAAAAUCGUGAGGCGCCAGAGGAAAAACGCAACCCAGGAAGCUCUGCGGAAAGGUGAUGACGUGAAAUUCGAAGAGUUCGUGGCGUAUCUCAUCGACCCACACACCCAAAGAGAAGAGCCCUUCAACGAGCACUGGCAGACUGUGUACUCCCUCUGCCACCCUUGCCACAUCCACUACGACCUCAUAGGAAAGUACGAAACACUCGAAGAGGAUUCGAAUUACAUUCUCCAGCUGGCGGGAGUAGGCAACUACCUGAAAUUCCCCACCUAUGCAAAGUCUACGAGAACUACUGAUGAAAUGACCACAGAGUUCUUCCAGAACAUCAGCUCCUUGCACCAAACGCAGCUGUAUGAAGUCUACAAACUUGAUUUUUUAAUGUUUAAUUACUCAGUGCCAAGCUACCUGAAAUUGGAAUGAGGGAUGGGUUGGGGGGAAAGAGGGGAGAGAAAGCCUGUUUUAUUUAAGAUUUUUAUUUGUCAUAAUAAAUAUGGAGAAUGGGUUAUUUUGUAAAUUAAUAUUUUCUUUUUUUGAAUGAUGCUGCGAGCAGCACAGUCAAAAUUAUUUAAAUCAACUGUAAGAAAGGACAGCUCUCUUUGCAGGGUAACAGGAUUGUGACGAUCUAGCUGUAGAAAUUAAUAAUACUGCUACACUGUUUAAACAAAUGUUAAUUGUGUUCUGGUGAAUUUCAUUGAUCUUGCAUUCCUCCAGUUCUAAUUAAUGUUAUUUAUACUUAUUUAAAACAUUGUCUCUUGGUAGGUUUCACUUCAGCAGCAGAGAUAAGGUAAUGUGGACAAAAGGAGUCUGGUUUUGUGCUUUCCUCGAUCGAGCUUGUUCUGGGUAAUAAUAUUCUUCCAUUAGCCAUUGAUGCAGGUAAAAUACGAGAAUGGUUCUGGAUAACACACGCUUUGAGGAAAGUGGCGAAAGUGAGUUCUUUAGAAAGUGAUGUGGCACUCAAUACCAGUACAAAAUUUAUCUUUCUAGGCCCAAAAAGGAAAAGUAACUCAGAUUUGGGUAGAUUCAUGAUAUCUAAAACCCAUGACUGAAAGAAAUGUGAAUGUAUUGCUUAGGAAGAGAAACCAUGAAUUUUUUCUAAGUCUUAAUGACUUUAUGGAGAAUAUGACUAUUCCCACUGUAACUUAAUUUGAAGCCUUCCGGCCCAAAUGAAUUUAGGAUGGUCCAUCAGAAAAGAAUCAGCAUUUGGAAAGUGACUGUAAGAGAUUUUUUGAAUGCCUAAAGCAAUUGGCAUUGACUUAAUUUAUAUCCAGGAUGGAGCUGUGGGGACCUCCAUCCUCUUCAAGUUGUGCCUCCCUAAUUGAUCCUAAGAUGGGCAACCAAAACUGGCUGGAGAGACACUGGUCAUGUUAUGUUACUAUAACCAAUCUGAGCAUGUCAUUUGAAAGCUCAACAAGACAUCUUCAUGUUGAUUCUCUAAGCAUGCAAGGCAAUAAAAAAGGUCUCAUCUUCCUA